AUGGAUGAAGAUGAGAAAGACAGGGCAAAGAGGGCUUCGCGUAACAAGUCUGAGAAGAAGAGGCGCGAUCAGUUCAAUGUUCUCAUCAAAGAGCUCAGCUCCAUGCUUCCAGGCAACACUCGCAAAAUGGACAAAACUACUGUGCUGGAAAAAGUCAUUGGCUUUCUGCAGAAACACAAUGAAGUCUCGGCACAGACGGAGAUUUCUGAAAUUCAGCAGGUUUUUUUUGACUGGAAGCCUUCAUUUCUCAGCAACGAAGAAUUCACCCAGCUGAUGUUGGAGGCAUUAGAUGGCUUCAUUAUAGCAGUAACCACAGGUGGAAGCAUCAUCUACGUGUCUGACAGCAUCACACCUCUUCUAGGGCAUUUACCGUGUGAUGUCUUGGAUCAGAAUUUGCUAAAUUUCCUCCCAGAACAAGAACAUUCAGAGAUUUAUAAGAUGUUAUCUUCUUGUAUGCUUAUGACAGAUUCUGCCUCAUCGGAUUACCUAAAAACUGACAAUGAACUAGAGUUUUAUUGUCAUCUUCUGAGAGGAAGUUUGAACCCAAAGGAAUUUCCAACAUAUGAAUACAUAAAAUUUGUAGGAAAUUUUCGGUCUUACAGCAAUGUGCCUAACUCCACAUGCAAUGGCUUUGACGAGGCUGUCCCAAGGGCUUACAGAACAUCCCCGGGAAAGCAGAUCUGCUUCGUUGCGACUGUUCGUUUGGCAACGCCUCAGUUUUUAAAGGAGAUGUGCAUCGUGGAAGAACCUCUAGAGGAAUUCACAUCAAGACACAGUCUGGAGUGGAAAUUUUUAUUCCUGGAUCACAGAGCACCGCCGAUUAUAGGAUACUUGCCUUUUGAAGUGCUGGGUACUUCUGGCUACGACUAUUACCAUAUAGACGACCUAGAGCUGCUAGCAAGGUGCCACGAACACUUGAUGCAGUUUGGCAAGGGGAAGUCGUGCUGCUAUCGGUUUCUGACCAAAGGACAGCAGUGGAUCUGGCUCCAGACCCAUUACUAUAUCACCUACCACCAGUGGAACUCCAAGCCAGAGUUCAUUGUGUGCACACACAUGGUGGUAAGUUAUGCAGAUGUUCGGGUGGAGAGGAGACAGGAGAUGGGCUUGGAAGAAGUGUCCUCAGAGGUUGUGUCCUCAGCACUAAAGGACAGUGGCGCCAGCUUGGAUCCUGAACAGCACUUUAAUGCACUUGAUAUUGGUGCCUCAAUCCUCAGCACUAGUCGGACACCCUCAGUAUCAUCCAGGAGCUCACCAAAAUCUUCCCACACGCCCAAGUCAGACCCAGCAUCUACGCCAACAAAGCUGAUUGCAGAGUCUAACACACCCUUGCCAAGAACACCAAGCACGCAGCAGGAUUUAUCCGUGCAUAGACUCAGUCAACCUGCUGCUCUUCAGGUUUCUUUGCCUUCGCAGCCUUCAUGUGAGCUUCUCCCACAGCAGUUGCUGCCUCAAGCAACUCUGCAGAAUCAGCCUGCACCUCUGGCACAGUUCUCAGCACAGUUCAGCAUGUUCCAGACCAUCAAGGACCAGCUGGAGCAGCGGACCCGGAUCCUGCAGGCCAACAUCCGCUGGCAGCAGGAGGAGCUCCAGAAGAUACAGGAGCAGCUCUGCCUGGUCCAGGACUCCAGCGUACAGAUGUUCCUACAGCAGCCAACGGUGUCCCUGAGCUUUAGCAAUACUCAGCAGCCAGAGCCACAACAGCUACAGCAGAGGUCAGGGGCCAUUUCGCAGCAGCAGCUUGUCCCCAGUCCUCAAAUUCAAGGGCAAAUUGCAUCUUCGCAAACAGCGAACCAGCAAGCACUGAGAGAAGCAAGCGUCAUAUCGAGCCAGGUUUACUUCCAUCACUGGGCUUUUUCAGCAGUGCUAAUCACACCUAACUUUGCUCGUGUCUCCACGGGGUGGCUGUUCGUCUCCUUGACCGCUUGCCAGGAGGACCGGGGCGGCUUUGCUUUCACAGCGCCCUGGUCCCACGGGUUUCUCGAGCGGGUGACACAAAGCGUGGGGCGGCCGCGGGUACCGCUGCUGCUCAGCCAGCCCAUCCAGCCCAUGAUGCCCGGGUCCUGUAACGCAAGACACCCUUCAGACCUCAGCAUGGCGGGAUCCCAGGCUAAAUACUCUCAAACCCAACAAAUGUUUCAAAGUUUGGAAGUGCAGACUUCCAGCAGCGGCUCUCCAAUCGUACUGAUGGGACAAGCAGUGUUAAACCAAGGGUUCGCCACUACACCUCCUUCCCAGCCAUCCUCUCUGCCACCUAUGCAACUCCAGCACCAACAGCAUCAGCAACAACGCUACCUGCAGGUGCCAACACCAAGUUCUUUGCACAAUGAGCAACCCGAUUCUUUGCUCCUGCCAUCUUACUCACCACAGCAAGGAAAUAUGGGGUAUCAUCAGACACAGCAGCAGCAGCAGCAGCAGCAACUAACAUCAAGAAGAAGCAAUAGCUUAUCAGAAUCAUCAAAUUUACCACAGCCACUGCGAUAG